AUGGUUUUGAUGAAGGUGUUUUUAUUUAUUACCUUUGUUGUUGUCCACAAUGUAGAAUUUUUACAUGGACAAACAACAUGUCGAUUUGCAGAUUUGUUUACUAUUGAUGAUCUUGUUUAUAAUCGAAAUGAUGCUAUUCAUCGAUUUAAAAUGCAUAUGUGUUUAUGGGAAGGUAAGUUUGGCUACGGAGUAGGAUAUAAUCAUGAAACAGGUAUAACAUAUGAUGGUCACAAAAUUGAUUAUACAACAGGUGAUUUACAUGAAAAUUUACAAUAUUGGACGGCAGCAUCAAAAGAAGCACUUCAUGUUAAUAUGCUGUCAUUAUAUUUGAUGAAUAACGUAUAUGCUCGACAAUUUUUUGGUAAUGCAUCACAAGAUGAUAUUGUGCAAAUUUUAGAAAGAAAAAUUGCAUCAUAUAAUGAUUUUCAUCGACGUUAUCCUGGUUUCGGUGGUUUUUUACCUUGGUUUGCUGCUAAUGGUUCAGCAAUGAAUUUACUCAAUGGAUGGGAAUCUAAAGUACCUGGUCUUGAUAAUGGACAAUUAAUAUGGAGCAUAAAAAUUUUAAUUGAAACACUUAAAGUUAAAAACUUAUUUAAUUUAGCUGAUAAAUAUCAACAACGUAUUGAACUUAUGACACAAACAUCUAUAGCAGUAUUUUAUGAAGCAGAAAGAGGUGGUAUUCGAUGUGAAUCAGGUAUAUUAGAUAUGUUUAAUGAAAGUCAAAUAACAAAUCCAAAUAAUUACGUAACAAGAGGUACUUGUUUAUUAGACGAUCCAUAUGAAGGUGAAUUGAUGGCAUAUUUUAUGGAUUUAUAUGCUCCUUGGACAUUAUAUAAUUAUACAAUGGAAGAACGUAAUCGUAUUUGGAUAUUAAAACGUGGUCGUCUUGUUCGUGAUGAAUAUAAUACAAAUACGAAAUUAAAUAAUGAUACACAAAAACAGAUAACUGUUCAACGUGGUUUUUGGUUUUCAAGUCAUGAACAAUGGAAAUAUUUCUAUUUACCUUAUCGAGAUAUUAAUCUUCAAAAUCGUCUAUUUAUUAAUGGAGAAAAAGUACGUGUAUAUCAUUCAGCACAAAAUCAUAUACCAGGUUUAUACGCUAGUGUAGCAUCAGAUGCUAAACCUGGUACUUAUCAAGUUGAUUAUUGGAGUGCCUGUGGUAUUCAACAAAUUGCUUUUCAACCAAUUGAACAUGAAUCAGUUGUUACACCAUAUGCAAGUUUUCCUGUUAUUAUGGCUAAUGAAUCAAUAGGUUUAGCUUGGUAUUUAAAUAUGCUUCAAGGUCCAGCUAUGCAAAAUAUGUAUGGAAGUACAGAAGCAACAAAUAUUAAUGGUAAAAGUAUAUCACCAGUUAUAACAUGGGAUUCAAAAAUAACUACAGUUGUUGCUAUGCUUAGUUCUCAUUUGAUUGAUGCUUCACGUGAAAUUCUUCAACGAGAUCGAACUUAUGAACGUUUUUAUAAUAUAACUGAAUUUGAAUGGUCACAAGUAUUUGAUUUAAAACCUCUGUUAGGUGAAAAUUUUCCAUGGUCAUUACCAUCAAUUAAAAUACCUCGUCCAAUUGAUGGUUUACCAGAUUUCACUCAAUGUCGUAAUAUGUUUACUACGCCACCACCAACACCCAUUUCGACCCUAUCUUACUCAUUAUCCGCCUUAAACAAACCUUCUUACGUCAUUCUCACUAUUGUAUUAUUCACUCUUCUUGUACUUUUAUCGAAAUAA